AUGUCACAUUUACCACCACCACCACCUUAUACAUCACAACAAACAUCAAAAAUAUUGAAUAAUCAAAAUGAUGAACGUUCUUUCCUACAACAAAAUUAUGCUGGAGUUCGUCAAGCAGUUCGUAAAAUUGAUAAACCUGAAAAAUCUAAUGCUUUCUCUUCAUCAUAUCCACCUCCACGUCCACCACCACCACGUCCUCCUAUACCAACUUCAAUAAAAAAGAAUUAUAUUGAUCGUGAAAAUGACUCUUCACCAUCAUCAAAUAGUUCAUCAAUUCAAUCAACUAAUAGUGAAAAUAUAAUAAAUUCAAAUUCAAUAGAACGAAUAAUACCAUCAUCAAAUGAAAGAUCUACUAAAAAUUCAACAACGAAAAUAAAUCCUCUUACAAAAUCAAAUAUAAGAACUAAUAUUCAAACAAAAAAACAAUCAAAACCAAUAAAUCAUCGUCGAAGACCACCACCACCAAUUCCAUUAAAUACUUCAAAUUAUUUAAAACAACAACAAAAUAUAACUGAUGAUUCAGUCUAUGUAAAUAGUAAUAAUAAAUUAAAAAAAUAUCAAAAUACACAUCAAGAAAAUGAUUUAUAUGAAUUACACUAUGAAAAUGAUCAUGAAGAAUCAGAAAUAUUUAAUGUUCAUGCUCAACCAAUAUUUAUUUCUAAAGAACAUCAAAUAUCAUCAUCAUUAAAAAGUGAUGAUAAUAUUCGAACAAAAAUACCAAUAAAUAAUAAUGGACAAAGAAAUCAAAAAUCAUCAUAUCAAAAUAAAAAUUCUGAUCUUGAAAGUGUUGGAUUAGAAAUACCUGAAACAAAUACACCAACAACUCGACGAAAUCUUAGAACUUCUAAUGGGUAUGAUGAUAAUCGUCGUGAUAAUGUUCAACGUGCACCAUUUACUGUUACAGAUUAUAAACAAAAUGAAAUUCAAGAACAAAAUGGAGAUAAAUCAUCUCUUUCUUCUCAUGGUCCACCUCCACUACCACCACCACUACCUCCACCUACUAAUGCUCUACCAUCUUUUCAUAAACAACAACAACAACAACGUGCUAAUCAUGAAGAAACAUAUUCACCGAAAAGAUUUUUACCACUUUCAAAUUUUAUGAUGGAAAGUGGUGCAUUACUUAUUGUUUUUAUUCUUUGUAUGGUACUUGUUUUAGCUAUACGAGAAGAUGAAACAAAUCUUCGAACAACAAUGCAGCUUGUUUAUACUUAUAUCUAUUUUGUUUCUAUUAUAUGGAUGAUAUGGUGUACUUUUGAUAUAAUUAAAUUUCGUCGACAAUGGAGAGAAUUAACAGCACCUGCUAUUAGUAACGAAGAAUAUAUGGAUAUAAGUGAACGUCAUACAAAUAAAAUAUUUUAUUUUCCUGAUAUUCAUAAUACUGGUGGAUUAUUUAUGAGAAUUGGUGCUGGAUUAUUUUGUAUGGGUAGUCUAAUUGUAACUGUUAUUGAAUUAGCAAAAACAAUUGUAAUAGGAAGUGGUAAUACAACUCGUGUUUCAUCGAUUAUCGUACCUCCUUUAUUAAUUACAGUAACAAAAUCAAUGACUUAUAUACUUCGAUUUUUAUUUCAUUGUGUACAAUUUACAUUUUUAUUUCGAUAUGGAAAUAUUGUAAUUAAUCGUUAUCAAGUUAUGGCUAAAAUUGGUCUUAUUCAUUUAAUUAUUGCUAAUUUUUGUACAUGGUUUGAAGCUAUUGUAUUCGAAACAUUGGAACAAUUGCACAAAAGUCCACAGAGUAAUCAACCAACAAGUAGUACGCCGCAUGUGACAUAUCCAACAACAACCACCACAACUUCUGUCAUCACAAUAGACGAUAAUAUCACUAAUAGUAAUCUCUUUGAUUUUGUCAGAGCAAUGUCUGGUGCUACUUCUCAUAGUGAUACCGGCACACAACGAAGUACACUUGAUGUUAUAAAUCAAAUUGAAUCAACUAUUAAUAUUUAUUUAUAUCCAUGUUUAAUUGAAUACAGUCUUAUAGCAUUAACUGUAUUCUUUCUUAUGUGGAGAAAUGUUGGUAAAACAAGAGGAGACGCAUUUUUACGUUUUUCUGAUCGUCAUAUAUUUACAGUAAAUUGUGCACGUGCUUCACGUGGUUUACUUAUUGGUGGUAUUAUAAUUUUAUUAACAAUUUUAACUCUUAUACCAACAUAUUUACUUAAUGAUGAUGCAAUAGCAGUAACACAUAUAACUGAACUUGUUUUACUUACUGUUUCAUUAUUUAUUGUUUUUAUUGGAUUUAUACAUACAACUAAACUUUAUCAUGAUCCACAUGCACAUGUUGAUGCAUUUGAUCGUGUAUUAAUAUUAGUAACAACAUUUGGAGAUUUUGCAUAUUCAUUUUUUGGUUUAUUUGCAUCAAUAUUUAUUGAUCGAUCUAAAAGUCAAAUACCGAUUGGUAUUGAAAUAUCAAUUGGAUUUUUAGCAAUAUUUCAAACAUUUUUACAAUCAGGUUUUAUUUUGGAUACAUUAAAAAGACGAACAAAAUCAAAAUUCGAAAUUCGAAAUAAACCAGGACGAGAAACAGUUACAGCUUUAUUAUUAAUUAAUCUUGCCAUUUGGUUACAUGAUACAUUUUCAGCAAAAAAAGUAAGAUUAAAUCCUAUACAAACUGCAUAUUAUGAUGCAGGCACAUGGGCUAUUAUUCAAGCAUUUACAUCACCAUUAUCAAUAUUUUAUCGUUUUCAUUCAAGUGUAUGUCUUGCUGAUAUUUGGCAAGAAGUUUAUGGUGAUAGUGAAAAUCAUAAUGGAAUAAAACCGAGAGAAAAAUUUUCGAGACACCGUUUAGCGAAUAUGAAUAGCCGUCAUGACACUGAACAUUAA